GAUGUCUGAAUGGUUUACUGAGUCGUAGAAAGAAAAAAAAGAGAGCUUCCCUGGCAGGCAUCAUCCCCCUCAGUCAGUCUGACCGCCCACAGUCCGGGGGGAGAAAGUGCUGCUUUGUGAAUGAAGGGAGCGGCGGAGGACAGAAAACAAACUUUACCAAAGAUUAUUUCCGGCGGGUAGAUAAAACAAUUUGAUUUCUAACUGCGUAGUUUGAACCGAGCAGCGCACGACACCUGGGCGACAAGGAAGGAGGAAACACGAAUCUGCUCUGUCCAAGCAUUUUAAGGAAACAUCAUGGAGGUUAGUUUGGCCUGUGUUGUGUCUAUCUGCAUGAUGGCAGUUGUCUGUUGUGAACCUUGCCUCAUCAUCAGCGAGAUCAACGCUGACAACCCAAGAUUGGACACCACUGAAUUUGUGGAAUUGUACCACACUAGUGGACAGCGGGCGUCACUGGACGGCUACACGCUUGUCUUCUACAAUGGGAAUGGAAAUGUAGCCUACAAGGUGCUGGAUCUCAAAGGUCAGAGCACGGACGACAGAGGAUUCUUUCUGGUAGGCUCUGUGGACAUGCUGCCCAAACCUGCCAUCCUCCUGCCCCCCAACACCGUCCAGAACGGCCCGGACGCCGUCGUCCUCUACCACACGUCUGCUGCUCGAUACAAUGAAAAGAUGAACGUCACAUCUCAUGGACUGGUGGAUGCCGUCGUGUACAUGACCCGUCGCACGGGGGGUGCAGAGUUCCUGGCUGAAACUCUGACCCCAGGAGAGCCGGCCUUUGUCGAGGAUGAGACUGCGCUUGAGGGUGACGAGUCAAUCGAGAGGUGUCUGCUGUCUGAAGAUCGCUGGGGCUUUCAGGUGUCCUCCCCCUUCCCGGGUCAGAGGAACAAUUGCACCGCAUCUCUUAGUCCAGCAACCAUGCCUGUCAUUACUGAGCUGAAGCUGGGAGGAGGGCAGGUGGACGGGUUUGUGGAGCUGACAGAGGCCUCCGCUGCAGGUCCUCUGGUGCUGGUGGUGUUGGAUGGGAAGACGGACCGGGUCAGUGUGAGCGCAAAUGUGAAUGUGGACAACACAAGGAAUGGGUUGAUCUCCAUGACAAUAGAGAAGAGCUUCAUGAAAGGAGAUGAGUCUGGGGCAGUGGCUAUUUACAGUGGCAGAGCAACAGACUUCCCUGUUGGCAGUUUUCUGAGCCAGAUACAGCCUUUGGAUGCUUUUGUGUUUGCUGGACCUGGAAACAGGCCCAGUGCCAACCUCACAGAGACUCUCAUCCCAGGCAGACAUCCCUACCAACUCAGCAACAGUUUAAGAGAGGGAGGCUUCUAUCUGAGUCGGUGUGGUGUGGCCACCUGGACCAGAGACCCUGGGGUCUUCUGGGAGGCCCCACAAACUCCAGGACAGCCCAACCAGUGCCCCUGGCCAAAGAUCUGCCCUCACAGUAUUGUGAUUCCAGGAGGGACAGAUUCACCGCCUCACCUCCCGCCCUGGGGGAACACUGACUUCCUGAUCAAUGAGCUGAACACUGACACACCCGGUGCAGCUGAGGAUGGCGAGUACAUUGAGCUGUGGCAUCCUUCAGGACGCCGUGUGUCCCUGCAGGGCAUCUGGAUCCUGCUGUUCAGUGCACACAACAACAGACCCUACAGAGAGAUCAGCCUGAGUGGACACUUCACCACCUCCAAGGGAUACUUCCUGCUGGGCAGCGACCGGUUGGUGCCGGCUCCAUCACUCCGUCUGCCCCCAAAUACCAUCCAGAAUGGACCAGACGCUGUGGCACUCUAUCGCAGCCCCUUUGGCCCGCCGUCAGCCACGCAGAGAGGCAUCCCUACCAGAGGCCUGCUGGAUGCAGUCGUGUACCGGCAGAGGGGAUCAGACAGGGAAGCACAGGAGCUGAGUAAAGCUCUGACUCCAGGACAGCUGCCCCUGCUGGAGGAUCCAGAGGUUCUGCCUGGGGAUGAGGCCCUGAGCCGCUGUCGAGGCCUUUACCCCUACGACCUGUCAGCUUUUUCUGUGGCUCCACCCACCCCACUGAGGGAGAACAGCUGCCCCCGUCCCCCUCCAGCCCCUGAGGGCGUGGUCAUCAGUGAGGUGGCUAGUGGACAUUGGACCAAUCAUAGCCAGCAGAGGGCUUUCGUGGAACUACACGGGCCUCCUCUGACGGACCUGCAGGGCCUGGUACUCACUGUGUUCGAGCAGGAGCGCAGUGGGACCGUCAUUGCCCUUCCUCUUACAGGAUCUAUCGACCAGGAUGGAUUUUAUAUAGUGGGAAAUGUCACUGGAGCAGAUCAGACUUUCCCAGAAGGCUCAACAGUGCCGGUACGAGGAGCGGUGGUCCUCUGCUAUGACCUGUUCAGUGUUUGCAGAGCUGGAACUGCGCUGACAAACUCCAGUCUCAGAGAUGUUCUUGUGUUCAGUGAAAAGCAGCAGCUGCUCUCCUCUCUUUCUACCAGCAGAGGGAGACAAGUGAUUCCAGCUCUGAGGUCGGUAAAAGAUGGCCCUGUCUCACUCAGCCGUUGUUCAUGCUGUGAGGUGAGAAGCGCCUCCUCUUGGACGAGCUCAUCCCCCACACCUCACAGCACCAACCUUUGUCCAAGCUCCGCCUUUUCAAGUCACAUUGACCUCUGCCUCGGACCCUUGGCCAGUGAGUGGCACGAGCAAUCAGGAGACUGCAGUGCUCUGAUCCGGGGGAAGAAAGUGGCUGAGGUGGCCGAUUACCUCGAGCAGAGGUGUCACUGUGGGAUCUCUGCCUUGUAUCUCCAAGGCGCAAAUUUUUCCUGUGUGUCUGGCUGGCUGCGAGUGUGGGGGAACAUCCAGGCGCUGUCGGACCAUCAGAAGGCCCUCAUCAUCCAGACAUCACACAUGAGUCCUUCAUCUGCUCAGGGAGACGUCUGCUCAGCUCCAUCAACACACAGACACACAAGCACAGCAUCUGCCCUGGGGUUGCAGAUAGGCCUGAUUGUAGCGGUCCUCCUGCUGCUGGGACUAGGAGCUGCUCUGUUCACAUAUUUCUACAGAAGGAGGCGUCCUCUGGACUAUUACACCAUGGAGCUGAGUGAGCACGCAGAGGGACUGUCAGAUCUAUAAUCCUGGCUUUGAAACACUGUGUUUGCACCUGGAAGUGCUCUUGUGCGUGGGAGGACUUCAGCAGAGAGAUGGAGAGACGGGGGUAAUAAGAGAUUUGUUUACUCCAGUUGGUUAUGGGUUGUUUCAAAAUGAGUGCCACCACAAGUGUCCUUCUCUGUGACACAAAGUCAUCAAAUGAGACAACCCAAGAGAAGAAUUAUAAAAACUAUAUAUAUUUUCUUUUUUUCCCUUUAAUGUCAGUGCCUGUGAACAGUUGUGGUUACUUCUUUUAAAGAAGAGGACAGAGAAAAGGGGAGCAUUUUUGUCUUAAAUACUUGAGUCCUACAUGAUCAUUUUUGUUGACUUGUUCUUGUUACUGUGGAAAAAACAGCAUUUUAAAUGUAGAACAGCCUUUCUUUAGAUGUAUGCAGUAAGCUAUAUCAGUUUAACAUGGCAUUAUCAGCUGGAACACAAGUGUUUUAACACUGACAAUAUUUGCCACGCUCACAUUUACUCUUCAACAUGGUCGACGUUGUGCUUUGUUUUUCCUGCUACAUGCUGUCAAAUCUGAUCACUCCAAGGGCCUGACUGUCUUUAAAUGUGAAAAUCUUCUGACGACUGUCUGUAACCACUGUUGUGUGCGCACUAAAAACAAACUGUUUACAUUUUCUUCAAAGAAAAUCAGAAAAAAGAGAUGUCAGAGACUGAUGAAGUGUUUUUUUUAAAUGAAGAGUAUUUGACUUUUGAAAUGAGAGACUGUAAAAAAAAAAAUCAGAGCUGUUUUAUGUUUCACUUUUUUAAAUGGCUCAGAAUCCUCUACUUUGCCUUUGUGUUGUUUGAUCAGCUGAUCCCUGGAUUUAGACGGAGGACAGUACAGCUGAAUACAGACAUCAGUGUAAAUACUACAGAGGUGAUGCUUCUCGAAGGAGAGGAGCGUUGACUUCAAAUGUCAAGUGAUUUCUUUAUUUUCUUACAAAGAAAUAUAGAAAAUGGUUGUGGUAUGGGAAAUAGAUUUAAUAUUUUGAUUGGUUUAAUUCCACUUUUUUCAAAGAUUGUAAAAAAAAAUCACCAGUAUGAAGUGCCAUGAAAUAAACUCGUAAGGAUCUCCUCAUUUUGUAAUAGAGUGGAUGUGCUGAUGACUUUUCACUGCUGCCUUACUCAUCUGCUGAGCUGCAGGCUUUUAGUGAGCUUGCUUUAAUUGCCCUGGUGAGCAAAUGUAUUCCCUCAGAGCCAUUUGUCCUGUUUAAAUGUUUUAAAUAUUGAUGUUAAUUAACACAGCACUCUAUAGCAAAUUAACCCUCUAUACCCGGUUUUCUUUUGCAGCUAGUUCAACCUUGUUUAAAAAUAGAAGUAAACCAGCUGUUUCAUAAAAAAGUCUUCUGUUUAGCUGUUAAAGUUCACAGACAUGUUUAAAGUGAUGUUCAUGAAAUGUCUUGUGUUGUAAUCUUGUUUAUUCUUUGAGUAAGAUAAUGCGUGUAUAAAGUUAUAAAUAGAAGGCAGAAAAGAGGCAAUUUGUCCUCCGAGUUUCAACCCAAAUACAAUGUAGAUUAUGCAAAUGGGUUAACACUUGUAAAAAAAAUAAAAAGUGAACUAUGUUUGACCCUUAAGAAGCUGGAACAACCCUGAACACAUUUUCAUUUACCGCUUGUACUCAAUGCAGGAUUUCAAUUGAUAACCAUAUGCAUGACGUGCAACGACACCAAUCGUAAAAGUAGAAUAUUAUUUUAUGGCUGAACACAGAACUUUUUUUAUAACCACAGUUGAAAGAGCUACAGCACCAUUUAGAGGAAGAAUGUGCAACAUUUUACACAAACAAAGCAGAAGUGAAGUAUAUCUUAUGUAAUUGUCUCUGAGUCAUGACUGUCUUCAGUGAGUGAGAAGUGCAAGUCCUGCUGGCUGUGUUGUUGUCGGGGCUGUGUUUACAUGUUUACAUGGACGGGACGGUUGGCUCUUCUCCUCAUGUAUGAAUCCUGUUUUAGUCAAAGACCAGAGAAAGAAGAAUAAAGUACUUGCUGCUUA